AUGGCGUGUCGGGCGAUGGGCCAACAGUGCCCAACCCGCACGGUGGUGCAUGGGAGCACGCGGCUGCCUGGCCGAACAUCCCAGCUGCUGCAGCCGCGGCGGGCACUGGCGCAGGGGGGGGGGGGGAGUGGGAGUCGUAGUGGUGUUGACAUGCGCGCGUUCAUGAGUCCAAGGGUGUCGCAGGACGAGUUACGCAGUGCUCUCGUGGAGUUGUUUGCUGAUGCGGAUCUUCCGUUUCGUCUUGUCGACCGAGCUUCGUUCCGUCGAUUUGUCGCCUUGCUGAAUCCAUCGGCCAAGGAUUUGCUGGGGUCACGUUACCGUUUGGCACGGGACAUGCAAGCAUUCAGUGAGGUGGCUCGAGAGGAGCUGAGGCAGGAGAUCUUUGGCGACGGUCUCGCGGGGAGGGUGUCCCUUAGCUUGGACAUCUGGACCAGUGAGAACCAUACAGCUUUCAUGUGUGUGACCGUCCACUGGAUCACUAGUGACUUCAGGCUACGUUCGGGGAUUUUGGAUUUCGUGCAGUUGGAGGGUUCGCACACAGGGUCUCUCAUAGCACAGACCCUCGAGCGCAUCUUGACCGAGGCUGGCCUGCAGGAUGUAGUGUUUGCUGUGACGACGGACAAUGUGGAGAACAACAACAAGGCGAUGCGCCUUCUGUCGGGGGACCCAGCAGAGGGGCCAGGGGCCUGGACAGCUAAUCCACUGCUCGACAUUGCGCGUCACGUUCGCUGUCUUGCACAUGUCAUGAACAUUGCAGUGCAGGAGGCAUUGAAGUUGGACGAUGUGAAGGAGGCGUUGAAACGCCUACGGGAUGCGUGUUCGUACAUUGGAUGGUCGGUCCAGCGGUCAGAGGCUUUUGCCAGUCUGCAGCGCAGGUUGGCAGGCAGAGACAACGCGAAGGUGCUACGUCUGAUCUGCGACUCGCCUACACGUUGGGGCUCCACUUACGAGAUGAUCUGCCGUGCCUUGGAGCUGCAGCAGGCACUGACGGUGUUUUCCAGCUGGACUGACGUGGGUGAUAGGCUCCGGCUACGCGAGCAGCUCGACAAAAUACGUCUCAGUGACGUCCACUGGGACGCGCUUGUCGAGCUGAAGAACUUUCUUCAGCCCUUCCACUCGAUCACCACGGUAGCUGAGGCUUCCUUGUACCCAACAGCUGCAGCAGUGGUGCCGCUGUACAACCAACUGCUGGACAACAUGGAAAUCACCUACCGCGAGCCAGCCGUCUCACCCCUCACACAGGCCCUCAUCACCAAAGCCCUCGGCAAGCUGAAGAAGUACCCGUACGGCACCAAGGAAGAGUUGGCAAUCGCCACCUUCCUUGACCCCCGUUACAAGACCAUCUUCUUCCAGAUGCCCCAGUGGGAGGCGCUCAAUGCAGCGCAAGUGACAGAAGUGGGGGGAUGUGCUAGGAGUGUGCAGGGCGUGGAUGAGCCGACGGUGAUGCGCCUGGUGCGCGAUCGUUUGGUCGCAUAUGAGGAGAGGGUGCGCAGUCGGGGAGGUGGUGGUGAGGUUACGAGUGGCAUGGGGGAGGUCACUGACGGCGCUGGUGUUAGUGUUCAAGCCGCAGGGACCGCCCUCAUGGCUAUCAAGUCAUGGAUGGCGCAGAACACGAGCGGCAGGUCAUUGAACGUGGCAGGGGCUGCGCGUUUGCUUGUGGAGUUGUGCUAUGAGGCCGAGGACGAUGGGUUUUGA